AUGAACGGCCGCAUUAACGGUCGCGAAAACGGUCGUCACGUAAACUGUCAUCAAGGAAACGGAGUGGCUAACUUUCAUCAUCCGGCUAAUGGCGGUCGGCCACACGGAGAUAGCGACGACGAGGAGUUCCACUCGGCUGAAGUUACCAGGACCGGAUCUUCUAACGAGGAUUUCUUUGACGCGGCGGAGGACGGGCUAGAAGAAUAUCUCAGCAGCGACGAGGAUUUCCAAAACGCUCCCACCAUCACCAUCAACGGUAGCAGCCGAGCCGCUCCUACUCGCGGCCGGCGAACCUCGUACCGCGACCUCGUCGCGCGAAUCCAGGAAGAGUCCAGAAGGCGAGCAGAAGCGGAGGAAGCGCUGUCCGCCUGCACGAAACGGCUGGACGGCGUGCGAGCCGCGGUCGCAGCCGCGCAGAAAGCACUCGACGAAGCUGCUCUGAUCGUUCUCAGUCCGGCGGGAUCUGGUGAUGCUCAAGGGGGGAACGAAAGCAGGACGGCUGGCAUCGAGGAAGCUGGAAACGAGGAUGCCAGGUCGAGAUCUGCUGACGGAUCGCAAGACAUUCCGACGGAAGCAGAUGCGACUGGAAGUGUCGGUGCAGAAACAGAUGUGACUGGGAUCCCAGUCAGUGUGGAAGCAGAUGCACCUGGGAGCGUGGAUGUGGAAGCUGCAUUGUCGAGAGCGGUUGCUGCUGCGAUGAAGCGAGGCGAGGAGCAUUUGAUAUCGGAUAAGCAGCAAGCGGAUCUGGUGGCGCGGAAAGAGGCGGAGGUAUCGCGGUUGCGAGAUAAGCUUCAAUACUGGGAGAGGAUGAACCAGGAGAUGGCUCAGAAGAAUAACGAAGCCAUUGGUAAGGAGGACAAGCUGAAAGGAUCUUUCUAG